GCCUCGAAGCAGCUCUCGUUCUACUUGCCUGAUGGCAAGGUGGUCACUCGAGAUUCCGAAUGCCUCACCAAGUGCGUCGAUGCGCUGAUCUCAGAGUGAGCACGAAGUGGCACGGACAUGAAUGGCAUGAAUCAUGUGGCGAAGCAUGUUCACAAAAGCCAGCAGUAGGCUGGGCGUAGUCGAAGUGAGAUAAGGGGUUGGAGGGGGGGAGAGGCCCAAAUAUGUUGAUGAUGCGCGGACGAGUGGUCGGAUUCAUGGAUGAAAGAGGAAAGUUUGUGGAUAGGUCCUGAAUGGCUAUGCAGGUGGGUGGAUGGAUGGAUGGAUGGAUGGAAGUAUGGAAGGGGAGGACAAGUCAGAGAGAGAUAGAGAGAUGAAGUAGAUGUGGAUAGAUGGAUGUGUGUAGAGCUGGAGAGAGGUUGCCAACAGAAAGAGAAGUGGGGGAGAUAGGACCAUAGAGAUAUGGAGAGAUUCAGAGAAGAGGAAGUAUAGAUGUGUGUAGGUUGUGGUGGCAAACAGAAUUAAUGAGUGGGUGAAUAGGCGGCUGGAUAAAACCAGAGAGGGGGUGAGAUAGGCGUUUUGCUUUUGUUUUUAUCGAGUUCUUCAUAGCCCAACAAAAAGAGGACCUCUUAUGGCGCCAGUGAGCGAUGGCAAUCGAAGCUUUCGCUUCACUUGUUAAGUGUGACUGUUUACGACUUCGGGUUGAUGAACAUAAGGGGUCAGGCAUCUAGCUACAUUUCAAUUCGCCGGUAUGACUAUACUUGAUGCUUCCAGCUGCAAAGGAUGCUCAAAACAAUCACCUGCGCGCCGGCCUUGCAGACACUGGCUUUUGUACCCUCCCUUCCCAGGCUUUUUGUUUAUGGGUUUAUGGUCCGGUUGCGAGUUUUUGUUGCCCUGGAAAUAGCCCUCUUGCAAGAGAUGCCACAUGCCACACGCCACUGCCCGAGACAUGGAAUGCACGAAGAACCUACUGACUUCCUGUUUGGAAGUGGCUCAAGUCAACCCGACUUCGAGUGACGGACGGGGACUGCUUGACAGUCCCUUGAUUCGAUGGUAACAAUAUAUUUCUUCAUGCGAUAUCCUCAUAUGACGGAUCAUGUGACGACCAAUCGGAGUAGUCCUUUGUUUCCCUCUUGAACAUUGCAGGCCUUGUUUGAACCUGCUCGCCUUCUGAAGCGUGAUGAGGAGGAGCAGGGCAUCCACAAGAUGGCAGCUGAGAGUAUUUUGGAAAGCGGUCGAGAUACGCAAAAAGCGCUCGCGGGCAACAUUGUGCUCUCCGGCGGGUCCAUGUCAUUUCCUGGCAUGUGUCAUCGUGUCGAGGAGGAGCUGCAGAAGCUUCUCCCCACAACGGUCAAGGCAGCAGUCAAGUUGGUGAAAAGCCCUACGUACGCUGCCUUCACUGGCGGAUCAAUCGUGGCUUCCAUGCCAGACCUGCUGGAUACCUUCAUGACCAGAAGCGAGUAUGAGGAGCAUGGUGCUGCCUUCAUCCACAAGAAAAGCGUACGGCUGACGCAGCCGCCAACCAUGUCCUGA